AUGGCCUGGGAGCAACGCUACUAUCCACAUGAAACUCUCAUAUGUGACUAUGUUUUUCUAAUGGAAUAUCUCAUCAAGUCUACUGAAGACGUGGAUUUACUCGUUCGAAAAAGAAUUCUCAUCAACCAGCUUGGAAGCCAUAAAGCAGUGGUAACUUUAUUCAACAAAUUGUGCAAGCAUGUUACUCCAAUGGAAAAGAACCACUACUCUGAUAUUUUUAGGAAGCUCAACGCUUACAAUGCAGUUCGCCAUCAUAGUUGGAUAGCAAUUCUCAAACUCCAGUACUUCUCAACUCUAUGGAGAGGUGUUGCUACAGUCGCUGCAGUUGUCCUCCUUGUGCUUACUCUGAUACAAACCAUAUGUGCUGUCAUCUCCCUUUAG